AAGUAUUUUUGGCGCGGCUUAAGCAAAACAAAGCAUAAAAAUCGAGUGCAGUGAAACCCUAGAAAGGGGGGAAAUGGGGCAUCACAGUCACCAAGCAGCAGAUAAUGUGGUGAAUCUGUUAAAAAAGGCAAAUCAUGACCUUAUUUUGGUUCAAUUAAAGCUCGAGAAGGAGUUUCAACAAGUUUAUCCCGAUAAUGCAAAUCCUAUGAAGUUAGUCAAUAGAAUAAAGAAGAUACAAGAGGAUCUUUCUAUAUUGAAAGAACAGUGCGGCGAGCUUCUUGCUGCCAAACAGGAUUUGAUUGAUAAAGCUCGCACAAGUCUUGUUGGGAAUAGAAAUCAAAUACAGCGAAUGCAGGCAUCUGUGCGCAUUCCUCUCACUACUGUUGAUGAGGAUCCUGCAUUUGCUAAUUUCAACCAGAUAAUUGACGAGUGGACAGCUCAGGUCAGAUCAAGAACAGGGGAUGAAGGGCAGAAUUCAGAAUCAGAGGAUAUAAACAAUUUACUCUUCUCAGCUAUAGUUCACAGUAAUUGAAUAGCCUUGUUGACUAUAAGAUUCUUCAGUUAUGCUCCUUUGAAACAUUGUUGGAAGAGGACUCUGCAUUCAGUUUAAAGUUCUAAUUGUGCCUGUUUGGAGGUGUAAUUUUCUGUAUUGUGAGACAAAAUUUGUACAGACUACUACAAAUACUUCUUGAUGUCAUGCUAGUUUUCUGCAUUUAAUA